AUGUCGAAGAUCUCCAAGGUCAACCAUGCGGCGGGCAUCUUCGCUGACAUCUCCGUCGAUGGCCCUAUUAUCGGUACCUUGGUCGCUAUUAUCGAUCGAGCCAAGAAUCUACCCAACCGGAAGACUAUGGGCAAGCAGAAUCCCUAUGCUGCUGCACGAUUGGGCAAGGAAGCAAAGAAGACACAAACAGACUUGCGAGGAGGACAAACGCCGCGAUGGGACUCGGAACUCCGAUUUACUGUGCAUGAAUCCCCCGAUUACUUCAAGCUCAAGGUCUCUGUGUUCAAUGACGAUAAGAAGACCGACUUGAUCGGCGAGACCUGGAUCGAUUUACAAAGCUUGAUCAUCCCAGGCGGUAGCCAGAAUGAUCACUGGCACCCACUUCAGUACCGUGGGAAAUAUGCAGGGGAUAUCCGAAUGGAAAUGACUUACUACGACACCAGAGAACAAGACGAGGUCCUGAUUGGACGCCGACAAGAAGCCGCUGACCGGGUCCAAGGCAAAGUCCCUAGUACUCCGAGCAACACGGGUUUAUCUGGUCCCCGACAAUUGAAAGAUGUCAAGCGACGACCCUUGCCCAGCGGCCCUGCAGGGCCCCCGCCAAGACCAGCUCCUCUGGAACAAGCUCACUCUGCGCCUCCACUUCACCACCCGGCCCCGUCGAGACCUGCCCUUCCUGAACAUUCAAACACCCUACCUAGUGCUCCAGACACCAUCCCCUAUGCCCCAAGACAAUCAGAGCCUGUAUACGAUGCAUCAUCUUAUCGCGCACCUUCUCCUGUCCCACCUCCCUCCCGGGGCGGGUAUGACGGUGCCGAUAACUACACUCAAGAAUGGGACACUGCAGUUGUUGCUCCUCUCCGCCGACAAACCACCCAUGAACUGCCUUAUGCCUCCAAUGAAGUUAUUGAAACCUCAUAUGACUCGCGUUUAUUGCAGCAGCAGCAGCAGCAAGAACAAGAACUGCAGCGACAACAAGAACUGCAGCGACAACAAGAACUGCAGCGACAACAAGAACUGCAGCGACAACAAGAACUGCAGCGGCAACAAGAACUGCAGCGGCAACAAGAACUCCAGCGGCAACAAGAACUCCAACAGCAACAAGAACUCCAGCGGCAACAACAACUGGAACAACAACAACUGGAGCAGCAACAACUGGAACAACAACAACAACAACAAUUGGAACAACAACAACUGGAACAACUGCAACUGCAACUGCAGCAGCAGAAACAACAACAACAACAACAACAACAACAACAACUGCAGCAUCAUCCCGAGUAUGAUCAGCCGCCUUCGAGAGACUAUCGCCUCGCCAGACAAAACCAGUACGAGGCAGAUCUCCAUCAGGAAGUGCCAUACAAUUCUACACGUCAAAGUCUCUAUGCUCAAAUAGAGCAACCUCGAUACGAUCCAGAUCCCAUGCCAUAUGAGGCAACGCAUACAUACGAGGUGCCAGCUUCGGGCUUUCUGCCUUCCUCUUUAGGGCCAGUGGAUGACCCGAGGUACCAUCCACACAGAGUUCGGCCUCUACAAAUCACUGCUCAUGGUCAUGAUUACCACCCAGAGUACGCCGGAAUGCAACCACGAGUAGAGGAUGAAGAUGAUGACGGACCGCCCCCUCCUCCACCGGCACACCGAUCACGAAGGCCGCACUCUCUGCUGCCCACACCGAAAACGUCGCCCCGCCCCUAUGCACCCUAUACACCCCAAUCGACUGCUCGAUCUUCAGUCCCCCACGUGCCAUCGAACAUGCCUACCCCGUCCCACCGCGAUCGCUAUCAGGAGCCCUCUUCAAUGGGAAACUCCACAGCAAUGCCCGCAAGCCUUGUCGCAGGUUAUGAACCGGAAGACUCAUCUGAGAGAGUAGCACUCGAGCGAUCAGUCAACAGACGCAGCACCCACUGGGACGAUGAGAUGAUGAUUUCCCAGCCGCCUGCACCAGUUCCUGUAUCGGCACCUGUUCACUACGAUGCUCCUGUCUAUCCCCUGCGAACAUCGCCCCAGCCUAUUGAACAAAGACCAACUUCUAGCAGAGGUGGAUCUGUCAGUCCUAAUAUGCGGGCCGUGACCCGGAAGUCGGUCAGUCCGCGGCCCUCUUCUUCAGACGUCCGCGGUGGCUCUUCAAUCCCUUUCUCACCAGACUCUUACAUCUCUCUAAAUCCAAAUGCCUCCCACGCUCCCGGCCGAGAUCCUUCCCCGGCAUACGACUCGCCUUCGCAAGCCAGAGAUGCCGUGAUACGCGGAAAGACUGAGCCCCAUCGAGACGUAGAUCACCCAAUUAUCGGGGAUGAUGGUCGUGAGAUUGACCCCUCUGACCAUCUUCCCACCGAUACAUGGGCGCCUGAACCAGAGAGGAAGAACCGCAAGCCAGAGGUUAUCAUCCGCUUCAAACACUCGCCUCGGCCAACUUCUAGAGGAAACGAUGCUCCCUCAUCACGCAGCACAGGCCCGCCACGCGUCGGAUUUAGAACAGAAACCACUACCUACCCGUCGGAUCGCCCAGUUCAAUAUACACCCACCCAUGUGCACGCAAGUCCAGGGGCAAUGGUUCGAACACCACCUCGUCCGGACUACGCGCGUGAGCGCUCUAAUAGCUACGUGCAAAGUCGAGCCUACAACACCCCCACUUCGACUGAGCGGCCGCGCUCUUCCCGAGGCUCUGUCUCGCCCUCUCCGGGUUCUCGUACGCCACUGUAUGACUACAGCCCAGGUCCCCCGAUUCCAAACAAGGUUCCAAUCACCGGAGGAAGUCCAAGCUACCCCGUCAUGUCUGGCAAUGCAAAUGGAAAUGGCCGCAUGGAUGCCCUGAGUCGAGAGCUGAGUACGAUUGACAUUGGCUCUGCGGCGUGCAGCCCUGGCCGGGGGGCGGUUCGAAAGUACGUACCAAGGCAACCAGCGUCGAUAGGCUAUGCCAGGUAA